AAUAGCAAAAAUGUAGUUGCUAACAUUGACGAGAUAACGCUUAAGGAACCGACCAUGCCUGAAAUUAUGUUGCUAAAUGAUGAUUUCGGCGAGCUUCACAUUGAUCAUCAGAUCGCUGAUCGUACGAUGGAGCUGAUGAUGCAAGGCGACGUGUCUGCGAUAGAUCAUAGCGUGUUCGACUUUCCCGUAGACUUCCCCGCCGAGAAGUCGCACGACAAGUCGGAGCCAGCCACUCACGACGCGCAGAUGGAAACUAUAUCGGUGCACGAUGUCGCCAUGUAUCGCAAGUCCGUUGGAACCGAGCUCGUUGCAGUUGGCGAUUUUGAAAAAGGCAUGCAAACUGUGGAACAGAAAGCCAUCAUUGUUCCGACUGAGGCUACCGUGGGAGAGCCGGCUGAAGGAUUUGUCUUGGAGGAGCUGGAAGAUGUGGAGCCGCAAGUGAAACGGCGACGUCAACAGAAGCUCAUCAUCGACAAGAAGACCGAGCUGAGCACAGAGUACAUGCGCGUCAGGAUUGACGAUAUAUCCGUCCAAUUACGAUGCCAAGAUAGUUCGGAGGACGUGGUGAAUAUCCGAGUACCCGCUCGUACUUACCUAAGUCGGCCCGCUCACGCAGGAAUCCGCUCUAACAUGUCUCAAGUUUUGUCACGGCUUUUCCUACGCAAUCUGAGAGUUUUAAAUAGAACGCCGAUGGCCGACAGAGAAAUGGAGGCAAAACGAUGUCGCACUAUGUGCUAUGUACCGUAUAGACACAGCCGGGAGCUAGUCGUAGAGGAGGCCGUCUCUGCUCACGAGGCUGAAAAAGAAAAUAUCCCACAGAAUAAACAGCUUCCAAGCACUGAACUUGAGAGGAACGCUACGGCGAUGCUUCAGGAAGCAGGAUUAGCCGACAUGCAAACAUGCGAACCCAUCGAAGUGGAAACCCUCACUGAAUCAUCUGGAACGCCCCUGGGUAGUCUGGACAGGACUAAAGUUUCACUUGGCGACUCUGAACGGACUACUGAUUCCAAGAGAUUUAUACUUGACCAAUGGGGAACCGAGGGAACAAUGAAGAAAAUCUUACAAAAUAUAAAGGAGGGGACAAGACCGAUUACUAUCCAUAAGUUAAUAAUGAACGGGCCCACAACACCGGGAAAACAUAAUAUCAUAGCAGCGCGCUGUUUCUCUUCCGUACUCAAAUUGAAGCAAUGUGGCUUCAUCCAAGUGCGUAAAGACCCACAAACUUUGGAAAUUACGGACAUAUUUUUGGGACGGCAAUUUGAUAAAGUAAUGUAA